UGCGCUCUCUAACCCUUUUCUCAACGUUCAUUGUCAAUUGAUUCAAGAUGGGCGGCGGCGGAAAAGUCCCCUACCCCAAGCACGUCUGGUCCCCGGCCGGUGGUUGGUACGCGCAGCCUUCCAACUGGCGAGGCAACACUAUAAUUGCCGGCGUCGUCAUGGCCGGCAUCGUCGCCGUGACCUGGAAGUUCAGCGCCGAGCGAGAAACCUGGGCGCACAGGCCCGAGCCCGGACAGUGGUACGCCAGCCGACGCUGGUCGAAGCAGCUGGUUCAAUGGGACAAGGAGGAUGCGGAGAAGGCGGAAAAGAGCUCUUAGAGGCCGGAUAUAAAGAUACUGUGUAUAAAUUCCCGCGGCAGAUGAAUAACCUCAUGUUUUGAAAGAG